AUGCACUACCUCCUGCUUUGUGCUCUCAUCUUCCUGCCUGAGACUCCUGCUUUUCCACUGCAACCAAGACCAGAACCAUGGAGCAUCAUAGACCUUGAGAAAGUAAAGAGAUAUCUCGAUAAAUUCUUUCCAAUUUUGUCAAAAACACAAAACCUAAGCAUAGAAGAAAGGAUUAAAGAAAUGCAGAAGUUUUUCCACCUGACUGUAACUGGCAAACUAGACAAAGAAACAGAAGGAAUAAUGACAAUGCCCAGAUGUGGUAUGCCUGAUGUAGCAGACUACCAAACAUUUCCUGGAACUCCAAGAUGGAAAAAGACACAUUUAACUUACAAGAUUCUCAGUUAUACCCAGGACCUACCCAAACGGAAAGUGGAUGAUGCAAUUAGAAGGGCCUUGAUGGUAUGGAGUGAUGUGACUCCACUGCAAUUCCAAAGAGUUGACAGGGGCACAGCAGACAUUGAGAUUAGAUUUGCACGUCGUGAGCAUGGUGAUGGAUCUCCUUUCGAUGGAAGAGGUGGCACACUGGCCCAUGCAUUCGCACCUGGAUAUGGGAUUGGUGGAGAUGCUCAUUUUGAUGAUGAUGAAAAAUGGUCAGAUGUCAAUCAAGAUGUCAAUUUGUUCCUCGUUGCUGCUCAUGAAUUUGGCCAUUCUUUGGGACUCGCUCACUCCAAUGUCCGUGGAGCUCUGAUGUACCCUCUCUACUCAUAUCAGAACCCACAAACCUUCAGACUUCCAGCAGAUGACAGGAGAGGAAUUCAGAAGUUAUAUGGGAAAAAGCCAUCAAACUCUUGA